GAAGAAAUCCGGGAAAUUCUAACAUGGAUGCGCCCUUGUAAGAAAAAAUUAAAACGGACAAUUUUCUGAUUAAUGUUGCAAUGGAAGGGCACAAAAAGGAACUUGAAGAAAUCAAAGAGCAGCUUGAUGACAUAGAGAUUCAGAUUGAGGCUCUUCUACAGACCCAGUCUGACCUAGCGGCCAGGAAGGAGCAACUAGAGUCGUUGAUCCAGACCAGCAGUGUCAGCACAGCCCCACAGUCACAGGAUAACUCACAAAAAUGGGACUCAGAAGAUUUUCAGUGGAGUGCUGUUUUGAAACAGAAGAUGAAGUCAGUGUUUGGUAUCAGUGAACUGAGACCCAUGCAGCUACAGACCAUGAAUGUGACAAUGUCUGGUAAAGACUGCAUUCUGAUCAUGCCCACUGGGGGUGGAAAGAGCUUAUGUUUCCAAUUGCCUGCUCUGCUCAGCAAAGGUGUGACACUGGUUGUCUCCCCUUUGGUUUCACUCAUGGAGGAUCAAGUUAUCGCGCUGGAAAACUACAACAUUGAUGCGGUGAUGUUGAAUGCCUCCACAGACAGAAAUCGAGUGACGGCAGUCCAGAACGCCAUGACAGAUAAAACAGCGACCAUGAAACUUCUGUAUGUGACCCCGGAAAAGCUGGCCAAAAGUAAACGCUUCAUGGCAAAGCUAGAGAAGAUGUACGCAAUGGGCAGAUUUUCUCGCCUUGUUAUAGAUGAAGUUCAUUGCUGUUCCCAGUGGGGACAUGACUUUCGACCAGAUUACAAGUUUUUGGGCAUUAUGAAAAGGCAAUUUCCAGAAGUACCAAUUCUUGGACUCACUGCAACAGCCACAAAAAAUGUUAUUGAGGACGUGAAAAAAAUCCUCAAUAUUCCUGUCUGCACAUUAUUCAAAGCAUCUUUUAACAGACCCAAUCUAUUUUAUGAGAUAAAACAGAAGUCCUCUGAAUAUAAAGAAGCCAUGGAUAAUAUUCAGCAGCUUAUCCAGAGGAGGUUCACCAACCAGUCAGGAAUUAUUUAUUGCCUUUCCCGAAAAGAAUCUCAAGAUGUUACCAUGGAUUUACAACAGAGGGGGAUAAAGACUGGGUGUUAUCAUGCUGACCUUAGCGGACAGGAGAGGAGCCGGGUCCACAAACUGUGGCUCAAAGACCAAAUUAAGGUAGUGGUGGCCACCACAGCGUUUGGUAUGGGCAUUGAUAAGCCCAAUGUCCGCUUUGUGAUCCACUACUCUGUGAGCAAGUCCAUGGAGAAUUUGUACCAGGAGAGUGGGCGGGCUGGCCGAGACAACCAGAAGUCCCACUGCAUAGUCUAUUACAGACUGGCAGACAUAUUCAGACAGAGCUGCAUGGUGUUCACGGAACAAACAGGCCUGGAUAAUCUGUACGGAAUAAUGGCCUACUGUACAGAUCUUACAAGGUGUAGGAGAUCAGUAAUUGCACAACACUUCGGAGAAUCGUGGGACAGAUCUCACUGCAAAGAAAUGUGUGACCAUUGUCAAAAUCCAGUUGAGACUGAGAAGAAGAACGUCAAACAGAUAUGCCAGCAGUUGAUAGAGAUUCUAAAUCAGGCUUCUGGAUUGGAGGAGAGGUUAACUGCAAUUAAACUAAUGGACGCCUACCAAGGGAAGAAGGUGGGGGGAUUCCGUGUAAGUGGCCUCAACCUGGCCCCGGUAACUAGGGACGUACUGGAGAGAAUCAUCGCCCUGAUGUUGAUCAAAGGCUACCUGAGGGAGGACUUCCACUUCACAGCUUACACCACCAUCAGCUAUCUGCUGCCAGGUGACAAGAGGAGUUUACUGAAGUGUGAUUCCACGACAGUUUUAUUGGAGUGUAUUCAAAGACAGAAGUCCACGAAGGACAAUUCAAAACCCCAAUGCAAAACGGGACUCAGUAAAAGUGAAAAACAGAACAGCAGCACAAAACCUAAACUUGUUAUAGUGAAGGCACAGAAUUCUAGUGAACCUGGUCCAAGCACAGAGAGAGAAAAGGUAUCGGAGAAGAAAAAGCUGCCAUUAAAGAGGAAGAAGCCUGUUAUAAUUGAUUCAGAUGACAGUGACCUUGACUUUGGAGAACAGAGUUCAGAGAGUUUGGUUGUGAAAAAACGGUACAUUGGUCAUUCCCCUUCCUCUCAGGAGAACGGAGAAAAUGGAAUAUGUAGUGAGACUAAUGGUGUGGGAAAUUCAAUGGUUGAUGCUAUAGAGCUAGACUCCGAUAGCAACGAUUAAAUAUAGAAACAGAUUUA